AGUUCCGUUCCAUCGAGAACUGGGACAGCAAGCGCACCUCUUACAGUGUAUGUGUGGCAACAACAUGUCUGUGCCGCUGCUCGCCGAGGCUGUGACGGUGUCCGGGAUGGAAAAGGAGACCGCAGCGGUGAUCUUUCUUCACGGGUUGGGAGACUCAGGGCAUGGGUGGGCAGACACUUUGACGGGGAUCCAGCUGCCUCACGUCAAGUUCAUCUGCCCCCACGCGCCCCCAAUUCCCGUCACUCUCAACAUGAAGUCGAUGAUGCCCGCGUGGUUUGACCUCAUGGGUCUCAGCCCCGAGUCCCCAGAGGAUGAAUCUGGAAUCAAGAAGGCAGCAGACAACAUCAAGGCCAUAAUCGAACAUGAGGCCAAAAAUGGGAUCCCCCCACACCGUAUAAUACUCGGUGGCUUCUCUCAGGGUGGGGCUUUGUCCUUGUAUACCGCCUUGACCUGCCAGCAUCAGCUGGCGGGCGUUGUGGCCCUCAGUUGUUGGCUACCACUUCACAGGAGUUUCCCAUCGGCGUCAAGCGGCAACAAGAACAUCCCGAUCCUGCAGUGCCACGGCGAGAUGGACGUCAUGAUCCCAGUGCAGUUUGGUGCUAUGACGGCAGAAAAACUCAAAUCCAUAGUCAACCCUCAGAUGAUCACCUUCAAAACCUUCCCAGGGCUCCCUCACAGCUCCUGUCCUCAGGAGAUGGCGGCUGUAAAGGAAUUUAUCGAGAAGUACUUGCCCCGAAUCUGACCUCACCUCAUCCCCAAUGUGACCCCCUGAGACACUGACCUCUCACUCCUGAUCUGCCAUUCUCCCACAGGAAACAGCCAUGAGCACCCCCUCUUCCACACACACCGACAUGAUAACAAACACGCGCAUGAAAAGACACACACAUUUGAUAAUAUUGAUUUGAUCCACACCGCUACACAAAACAUGCUUCUCCAUGUGGUCCAAUCCAACAACACACUGAUUUGGUUUUAACACAACCAUGUGCUCGCACUCACAAGUCUUAGCCAUUCGUAGGGAGAAACACUGACUGUCACAAUACAUUCCCUUUGGUUUUAUUUAAACAACCUCAGUUUUUCUCCACUUUUACCUCAUUUUGCUUCAUUGCUUCAACUGCUACACCCUUCCCUCUUUCAUUGCUGUGUCAGUUUGUGAGACAUUAAGUGGAAAACCAUCACUAAGAUUGAGACCGGAUACGUGGGUUAACACCUUCCUGAUGCUGUCAGUGACCAUACUAAGGCGCAGUCAGACCUGAUUUCGCUUCCCGUUCGUGGAAUGGGGCGAGAUACAUUUGCUUCUUGUCGCGAAUUGACCUGCCUGAGUUUGAGGCUCUCCAAUGUCCAGCCAGUUUUUAGAGAAAAGGUGGGAUUUACUAAUUCCAGGAAAUGUCGGUUGUUUAUAGUCUUGCUUUAACGCAGUCUUGCUUAAAUAUUACAAGCAGCAGAGAAGAAGGGAUGCAGUGAGUGCAAGGACGGUGACAGAGGUUUCUUACAGUAAAGUUGUUAUGAUAAAACGUUGUAUUGUUUACGACUUUGUGGACUGCUGUUGUUGGCCUGCUAGCCAUGCUGGCUCUUGCAGUUUAUGUUUACAACCCUUCCCAAGACUUUUCCUGGCCCCUCCUGCUUUCCCCCAAACACACACCACACGAUUAAAUUUCGCCAGGUGAAAUUCUGUCUGGCUGCGGCUACACUCCAGUGUUGGAGUCUGACUCGGGUGCAGUGAGUGCUGGUUUUAGAGCUGGAGCAGCCAUCUGUUCCACCGCCUACCACCCUAUGAGCACUGCAGCCUGUCCGGGUCUUGCAUCGCCAAUGGUUGUCCCUUUUAUUAAAGUACCAACAUCCAUGGGGGGCUUCACAUUUCUUUUUCUUUUUUUAAAUGAGUGUGAUAAAAUAUCUUGAAUUAUAUGAAGAAAAUCCAAUUGAAAUAAAAGAAAACAAAUCAAUUGAUGCUUUUGCCACCCUGUGCUGUUUAUUUCAAAACUUCCACACCUGCAUAUCAGCAAUCUCUUCCAUCUUUGAUGUGAUUCUUCAUGUAAAAUUACCUCAUUACAUUUCUUUAAAAAAAAAAAAAGGGGGAAUGACUGACCAGUGUGAUAAUGCAUCACUGCAGAUGGUUGCAGGCCCGCAAAGACUGCACACCAUGAGUCGUUUCACUGUUCUUCCCACCCUUCUUUUACUCAUUCCUCCCCAUUUCAAGUGUUCCUGUUUCAGCAUCAGCCUCCUCUCCAUUACUCCCAGUUGAUUAAAUUAGUGAGUUUGUGUGUUUUAAACUCCUCCGUAUUGUUUUCCACGACAUCAAAUCAGUCCUGAGUUUAAAACUGGCGUAGACUAUUUAUUUCCAAGAAAGUGUAAGAAAAUAUUCACUUCACAGCUCCCUCCUUUGGCAACUUACUGUAACCCACUAAUAGAACAUAAAAGGUCAGAUUUAAACUUAAACCCAACACUAUUAUAGUUCACUUCUUUAAAAACAAAACAAACGGCUAUACACUGGGAGGGCUUUGGCAAGAAGCUGUUCCAACAUAACAGAAGGGUGAUUUUACAAAUUAAAAAAAGUUAAUCUUGAUGAACUUGUGAUCCUUGGACAUAGGAGUGUAACUCUGAGGAGUCGUGUGUGUGCUUAAAAUAUAUAUAUAUAUAUCAGGUGUUCUGCAUUUUCCUUUGUGAAUGUUAAUUUUGUUCUCAUGAUUACCUGCUCUAUAUUACUGUUCUCAACCCUGAUUUUAAAAAAACAAGUGGAAAAGGAGCAAAGACAUCUGUUUUGAUUGUUGUUCACUAAUCACUAAUGAAUGUCUCUUAUCUCCUGGAGUCCUUUUUAUAUUUUCCCCGUCACUUUGAAUCUCUGAUGCAGCCCUGCUUUUUUUCACUUCUCUUUAUUUAGUUUCUUUUUUUCUCUUGACACCUUUUUUAUAAUUCCAACACUUCCCCUCGUGUGACGAUUGUUGCACCGUUUUGUGUUUUUUCCUGGGUUGUAUGUUGUUUUUGGUUAAACUUUCUACAUGUGUUUUUUGGAUGUAUGUUCUGUUGUGUUUUGUCAACAUUGUCAUCUCAUCCUUUUUUGUGUGUGUGUCUGUUUAUAAUGAUGAGCAUUAAGAAAACAUGUUGAAGCGAGACUGGUGGUCUCUCAGCUUUUUUUUGUUUCCAAAAUGUAUGCGGAAUAAAUGACAAAAAAAGUC